UAUAUAUAUAUAUUUUUUCAAUGUUUAUUUAUUUUUGGGACAGAGAGAGACAGAGCAUGAACGGGGGAGGGGCAGAGAGAGAGGGAGACACAGAAUCGGAAACAGGCUCCAGGCUCUGAGCCAUCAGCCCAGAGCCUGAUGCGGGGCUCGAACUCACAGACCGCGAGAUCGUGACCUGGCUGAAGUCAGACGCCCAACCGACUGCGCCACCCAGGCGCCCCAUAUAUAUUUUUUUAAUAAGAGGACUGUGUAUUGUUGGGGGUGGCAACAUGCCCAGUAAGAAACUACAUUUCCCAGCCUCCCGUAUUCAUGGAACGGCCAAUGAGAUGUUAGUAGAAAUAUUAAAUGGGGCUUCUAGGAAAGCUCUUUAAAGUAGAGUGGUACACUCCUACAUUUCUACCCGCUUAUAUUUUCUUCCUGGAAAAUGUGAUGACUGGAGGUUCAGCAACCAUUUCGUGACACUGAAGCAAUCCCAGGGACAGAAGUCAUACAGUAAGGAUGAUGGAGCUUAAAGAAGCCUGAGGCAUUGAUGAUAACACAGAAACACUGUACUGGCCCAGAACUGUCUAUCCCUAACUUUCUUUACUGUGAGAGAAAACAAAUCACCAGCCUGUCUUAAGCUGUUCACAUUUGGCUGUGUAAGAACAGCCACACAUAAUUCCUGUGCACAUGAGAGAAGUGCCUAGGAUAUCCUUGUCAACAACAAAUGGGGCCAUGUGAGCUGGAUGAGAGUGAAGCGAAUUCACAACAGAUUCAGUGUUCCCACCGAUGAAGGAUGGGUGACCACCUGGAGGAAAGUCUCCAGCGACGUGCCACCGACUCUGUUCCCAGCCUCGUCAAGGGCAGCGCUAUGAUCUUGAAUGAAGAUAUGAACUGAUCUCAUUUGGGGCAAGUGCGGCAAGUGAACUGGGUAAUGAAGAGACGCUGACAGGCUGGGUCUAAUAAGGAGGGCUCCACAGGGCUCCACGUGUCCUCCGUCCCCGUUCAGGGCCAGGCGGCAUCGUGUAACCAGCACCACACGUGGAAAGGGCAUCGUAGUCACUGCCUUCCAGGCAUCAAGGGCACCAGAAGCAAAUGUGAUCCCAUUUGCAUUUGCAAGAAACAGAGGUCUUCAACCAAGGAGGCGAUGGCCUCCUAUUUUCUGUGCAGGGUGGGCCCUAGCCAGAGUAAUUGGGCCAAGAUUCGUGAGGGGGAUUAAAGGCGGGGGGGGGGGGGGGGGGUUGAAGGACUCAGCGAUGUUUUGUCCAAAAAGAAAAAAAAAAAACACUCAGGGACGUGAUGGUUGUCCCCGGGUGCCUGCAGGGGGAAUACUCCAGGGAGACUGAAGAACUUUCUAAGAUCAGAGCUGCUGUCUUAUGAGGGAGUGAGCGGCCGGUUGGUGGAGGUGAUCAAGGAGAAGCCAGCUGAGUACGUGCUGGGCGCAAGCAGGAGCUGGAGUGGAUGGCUGUUCUUGCCUCUGCCGACACUGACAAGCCCCACUAAACGGGGUUCGAUGGGAUAAUCCCUGAGACCAGCUCACCCGGCAGUCACAGGACUAGAAGGCAUUGGGAUGCAAAAUGUUAGACCCCUCACCCUGGAGGAGACCCUACAUACCGCUUCUCUUGAAGACAUGCUACACACCAGGGAUCAGGGCCCCACUCUGGGUCCCCAUCCUAUUCAUUCUGCAGACCUGGCUGCAGUAUGCCUCAAGGCUCCCGUUAUACAAACUGGGAACGAAUUUGCAAGAAAGCGUAAGAAUCUGCAUAAGGUCCCAACAGGUGAAGGCAGCCCCAAGCCCAGGUACUGUACUUCCAGUUCCCCGGACCGCGCUUCCUCUGACCUGCUGGGCUGGCCCAACACGCCAGGCAGCGCGGGCAAGAGGCCCCAGUGGCUGGCUCCGGUGCCCAUGCGAGGGCCCAGGUGGGGCCGACCUGGGGCGGCCAAGGGGCCCGCACCUUCAGCACCCCCCCCCCCGUUGGUUCAAAGGGUAUGGCCCCGCCCCCUCCAGGCCCCGAGCCCGCUUUGAAGUGCUGAUGCGGCCUGGAAGGGGCCACUUCACACCUCGGGCUCGGGAUAAAGCGGUCGCCGGGCGCCGGUCCGCAGAUGCGCCGCUGCCGCCAUGGCCCAGUCCCUGUGCCCGCCGCUCUCCGAGUCCUGGCUCCUCUUCCCGGGUUGGGGCCCGCCUCGGCCUCUGCCGCCCUCCGACAGGGACUGCGGCUGCUCCCCCGCCUCGUCCCCGGACUCCUGGGGCAGCGUCCCGGCCGGCAGCCCCGAGCUGAACCCCGGACGGCCCGGCACCCACGCGGCCGCCGGAGCCCGGGGCGCAGGGAGGCGCGGCGCGCGCAGCAGCCGCCUGGGCUCCGGGCAGCGGCAGAGCGCCAGCGAGCGCGAGAAGCUGCGCAUGCGCACGCUCGCCCGCGCCCUGCACGAGCUGCGCCGCUUUCUGCCGCCGUCCGUGGCGCCCGCCGGCCAGAGCCUCACCAAGAUCGAGACGCUGCGCCUGGCCAUCCGCUACAUCGGCCACCUGUCGGCGGUGCUGGGCCUCAGCGAGGAGAGCCUGCAGCGCCGGCGCCGGCGGCGCAGCGACGCGGCGGUGCCUCGGGGCUGCCCGCUCUGCCCCGACGGCGGCCCCGCGCAGACGCAGACGCAGGUGCAGGUGGAGGCGCGCGCCCAGCUUCUGCGCUCAGCCGCCAGCCCCUCCGCGUCCUGGGGGUCCCCGCCGGCCUGUCUCGGAGAACUAGCGGCGCCGCAGCCGCGCGACCCGCCAGUGCCUUAUGACGAGGCGGCGAGUUCGGAAUCGCAGGCAAUGGAGCCGAGCCCCUCGUCUCCGCUCUUUCCCGGCGACGUGCUGUCCCUGCUGGAGACCUGGAUGCCCCUCUCGCCCCUGGAGUGGCCGCCGGCCUGAGUCGAAGUGACGACGUACAAUUGGCGCCCUGUGAGCAUCGAGGCCCUUUUGGCUUUCAGCACCUUCAAAACGGUCCCUCUCCAGACUCCCUUUCCUAGGAGAGGGCACCUGCGAUACUGGCAUGGGCAUUCCUGAGAGCGAGAGCCCGUCCCCACCCAAGACAACUCUCCCCAGCCCCUCCUGCAAUGGAGGAACCCAUAGAUUGACCCUUGGAGGCAGGCAGGGGGCGCCUGCCUACUAUGUAUUUAUUUAUUUGUGAAUAAACUGUGCUGGUGUCA